AUGAUUGUGACUGGAGAUGAUCAGGCAGAAAUGCAAAAUCUUCAGAAGUAUUUGGCUUCCGAGUUUGAGAUGAAGUCAUUGGGUGAUUUGAAGUACUUUAUUGGGAUUGAAGUUGCCAGAUCUAAACAUGGCAUCUUUCUGUCUCAAAGAAAAUAUAUUUUGGAUCUACUUCCAGAGACUGGAAUGUUAGAUUGUAAACCAAUUGAUACCCAUAGUGAACAGAAUCAUAAGUUGGGGUUAUAUCCUGAUCAAGUCCCUACAGAUAAAGAGCGUUAUCAACGACUUGUGGGGAAAUUGAUUUAUUUAUCUCAUACACAUCAUGAUAUUGCAUAUGCAAUGAGUGUGGUGAGUCAGUUUAUGCAUUCUCCUUGUGAAGAUCAUAUGGGUGCUGUGAUGCGCAUCUUGAGGUAUCUGAAAGUAACUCUUGGAAAGGGUUAA